GUCGUGUCGCCUGGUCGCCUCGCGGGGAGCUCAUCAUCGAUCACGGCGUGGCGGCCGGUCACCUCCACUGCAACAUGAGGCCAAGGAUUCCUACGGAAAUAGAUAUAUUCUCAAUUCGCGUACUCUAAGGUGUCGCCCACAUCUACCUGCAAUACAAUGAAAAUGAAGCUAAGGUUUUCCGGUCAGCAGAAGCAAACUUCUCUUCUGCCCUUUGGUGAGCCGACAGUGAACUUCUGAGUCAUGCGAGUCCUUUGGCUCCUGAUAGUCACAAGAGUCCUGGCUCAGGCUCAAGUCGUCUGGACUCCCAUCUACUUUGAAGGAAACAACCAAGUGGACAUGUGGACAGCGAAGGCAGAAGGAUGUCGCUGCAGUUUCGAUCUCUCACGCCAGGACUGCGCCUGCUGUGUUAAGGAAGGAGGAUGCCAGUGUGGGUUACACUCACCCAACCGUUGUAGCCAGUGUGGAAUCCAUCAAUACUGCAAUAAUAUGUGCAAUAUUACUUUGAGCUCCCGCAAUUUGUAUGAAAAAUCCCGAAAGUCACACGGACAGAUCAAGUCACCGUCUGUGGAGGGCCCGGCGUUCUGCUGGUACAGGUUGUUACCGGACUCUGGCCAGAGGGUGGAGAUACAGAUAUACCGGCUGGUCAGCGUUGGCCGCUUCAAUGGCACCAGCUGCAUCGGAGGUUUUGUCCAGUUGGUGUCAGGUCUCGAUUCUAUCCCGAGAGCUCUUGACGGUCAGAUCUGUGGAGCUGAUGAAAGGUUUGCCCCUCCCGUCGUCAUAUUCGAGGAUAGAGGAGCUGCUACCCUUAUUUUCCAGAUUCUGGAGCGCACAGAACGGUCACAGUUCCUCGCGUACUUUAGUUUUACUCCUAGGAACGGGACCCAACAACAACCUGCGCUGGGCUUCCAGUCUCGAGGUGGUCGUAGGAUAGAACAUACAGAGUGCGAUUGGGUCUAUCAGGACUCAUGGUGCCGAGACUCCGGACCCUGCAGGUUAGCCUCGCCAGGAUACCCAGGUCUGUACGGCCCUAACAAGCUGUGCAAGUACCUCAUCACCACCAGUUCUUCUCACACCAGAGUGCGCAUCAAGUUCCAUUCACUAUCGCUACCUCCAAAAGAUCACUGUUCCACCGACUUUGUAAAAGUGUAUCACGGCUCUUCAACAUCGAGUCCUUUGCUAGCCACACUUUGUGGUAACAGAAAACAAGAAGUCGUCCACGCGGGACCAAAUCUCCUUGUACAGUUCAGUUCAGGUCCGUUGGUGAGCCCCUUCCACUACAAUGGGUUUGUGGCGAGUCUCGACUUCACUGAGAGGCCGGUAACCACUCAACCCACUGUGAGGACCACUGUCAAGUCCACUACUAGAACCACUGAGACCGCCUUGUUAAGUGACGCUCUCUGGAACUCGACGGGCCAGCCGCCUUGUGAACUACUAUACUACAGUAACCAAUCCCGUAACGGGCUGUUUGACUCCAGGGGUCUGCUGCAGGAGUCACAGCAAAACUGCAGUCUCAUCUUCAUCGGCGGUCCCACCGACCUUGUGUUCAUUUCUCUUGCUAACUACAACCUCAGGCCGACCUCCUGCAGAUCGUUCGUAGAACUGUAUGACGGCUACAGCAAGAAUGCGCAAGGCAGCCUCAUCAAGCGCAUCUGCAGCCCGAUAGCGAAGCGGACAAGAGACAAUACCGGCAGGUUUCAAGAUAGAGAAAACUACAUUUCUACAGGCAAUAUUCUCCAACUAAACUUCAGACGAUCUGUACCAUCUGUAUCUAUGGAAAACAUGGAGUACUUUCAAGGGGCCUUCCUUUUCCAUGAUGAGCUGCUGCAUGGUACACCAACCCCUAGCUCCCUGUGUGACGUGGAGUAUCGCAGUCACACCAGCCACUCCCGGGGCAAGCUGACAAACCCCGGAGAGACGGAGAUCUACUGGACGGUAGAUGGCAACCUCGAGUGUAUCCAGAGACUGGUGCCUUCGGUUAACUAUAACAUAUGUUCCAGAGCUGCUGCAUGGUACACCAACCCCUAGCUCCCUGUGUGACGUGGAGUAUCGCAGUCACACCAGCCACUCCCGGGGCAAGCUGACAAACCCCGGAGAGACGGAGAUCUA